GCUUCAGAAGUGGUCUUGUGGUCACUGGUGAAUGAAGUCUUUCACAUUACCGUCCAGCUGCCUCCUUGUAGUCUCCAUCACCGUCUGUAUUCGUAUCAACACCAUCGAAAUUGGACAGCUACCAGCAUUACUGAAACUUAACAGGCGUACCAUCAUCAAGGGAAUAAACAAGUUGAAUCUGAGCAAGAGUGCCAACCGUGCAGUGUGAGGUAAACAAAAUGGAAAAGAGCGUUAUUCUUCACGCCCUUCUGAGUUUAACACUGACGGGGGAAGACCACGGCCCUCCUCCCUCUCCCCCCUCACCAGACUGUUAUGAGGUCCUGGGAUGUUUUCCUGUGGGCGGGGUGUGGCAGGGCGUUGAGCGUCCCGUGUCCCUCCCGCCCAUGUCGCCACACCUCAUCACGCCCACGUUCUGCCUCUACACGCCCACAAACCCACACUGUCACGUUCUGGUUGCGAAUCAUUUUAUGACCUUCUUCAACUCAAGCCUUGACCCAAGUUACCCACUCCUGGUCAUCACCCAUGGGUACUUAGAGUCGGUGGAUUUGGUUUGGAUGCAACGGAUGAUGACGUCUUUGCUGAAGACGUCAGAGAGGGUAGGAGUGGUAACAGUUGAUUGGUCUACGGCCGCCCUCCCGCCAUACGCCCAGGCUGUUGCAAAUAUUCGAUUGGUCGGCGCUAUGACAGGCCACCUCCUGCAAAUGCUGAUCGAGUACUAUGGCGUAGACUCGGGCUCCAUACACCUAAUUGGUCAUAGCCUGGGGUCACACCUCAUGGGCUACACUGGUCAAUAUCUCCUCACUAAUGGUGGUCACAAGGUAGGUCGUAUCACGGGCCUCGACCCAGCAGGUCCAUACUUCACCAAUACCCUGCCAGAGGUCCGCCUUGACCCCUCUGAUGCAGUGUUCGUUGAUGUCAUACACACUGAUAUACCCGCCUGGGAGUGGGAGAUUAGCAAAUUGGGUUACCCUGACGCUGUGGGCCACGUUGACUACUACCCAAACGGCGGGACGCAACAGGCGGGAUGCCACGGCUCAGCUCACCUCCACAUAGAAAACGAGAAGAACGUAGUCGGGGGCGUCCUCUCCUACAUCGGCUGCAACCACCGGAGGUCACACGACUAUUUUACUGAGUCUGUUAUAUCUACAUGUCAAUUCAUGGGCGUGGCAUGUAGCUCAUGGGAAGAGUACCAGCUGGGGGCGUGUUGGGGAUGUGACCAUGCCCACUGCGCUGUAAUGGGUUUUCAUGCCCACCCACACCACCAGGAGGCGCGGGGGGUUAAUGUAAACAAUACAGACCCAGACAACACAGAUUACCCUGAUAACCAAGGCGUCCAUAUCGACUCUCCCGGCGUCCCGUUGACCUUCCAAAACAUCAGUAGGGUGCAGAAUGGGAGUAAGGAUGGGCACCCGUCAGUUGAGGUCAAAAGUCCGUCUAUCAAGGUGUUUUUGGGUACUAACUCCGAGGAGCCAUUUUGUGCUGAGCAGUACAAGAUCAGCAUGGUGACCUCCCUGACUGAGGCAUCUGUCAAGAGCGGUGGUGACCUCGCUCGCUUCACCGUCGGACUACGAGGUCAACACGGUCAGCACACAGUACCACCACCUGAAAG